UUUCGGUGGUUUUGCGAUCCAAUCGUAUUUGGAGAUUAUCCAGAAAUGAUGAUCGAAAGAAUUGAUCGAUAUAGUAGAGAGCAAGGAUUUCCAGAAUCUCGUUUACCGAAAUUCACAGAAGAAGAGAAAAGACAGCUGAAAGGUUCUUUCGACUUUAUUGGAAUCAACAACUAUGUAACCAUUAGAGUGGAAGCACUAGAUGACACUGUGGACAAGAAACCGACCUUUCAAAAUGAUUUCGCAUUUUCGGAAGAAAAGGAGGAUAGUAGCGGUGGUUACAAAAAGACAAUCCAGACUGUUUUGAAGCAAUUAUGGAAGUCCAUCAAUGAAGAUAAAAUUAAUGUCACAGGAUAUACUGUGUGGACUUUGCUGGAUGACUUCGAAUGGUUUGCUGGCUACACAGAAGCGUAUGGCUUGUACGAUGUGGACUUCAGUGAUCCAGAAAGACCAAGAACUGCGAAGGAUUCAGCACGAUUUUACCAGAAAGUGAUAGCUCAAAAAAGUUUGAAUGGAUUAUUGUAAUGGAACAAUUGAGUCUAUAAGCACUUUAAUGUUCACCUGUUUCAAAUAUACUUGAAACAUCUUCAAA